UGGUCAGUUGUCUAUCAGUGGGCGGUUUGUGCACUUUUCCUACACAUGUCAACAAACACGCGUUUGGCAAAACUCGUUGUUUUUUUACUAAGGCAUCACGCGGCACGGUACGUGACCCGGCGUAAACUAAUUGGAUCCCACGUGUUGGUGCACUAGUGAGCGCUACCGACGUCCGCUUCUUCCUCAGACCAAAACCGUCCUCCAUCGUUCCAUUGCUCAGUAACGUAACAGCAACCGCGUCUUAGCCUGAGGAUCAUAUGAUAGUUACUUCGAUUAUUUAGACGACACACUGUGUAGUCCCGUCGUACUGUACUGAUAUCUAUCGUUGUAGUCUCGACAAAUCGCAGUAUUACAGUUAGAAACUAAAUUUAAAUUUAUUAAGUUAACUGACAUUGUGUUAUUGUAAUCGGUGAUUAUAAAAUUAUUUGGGUAAAUGCAACACGAUCGGCUGCAAUACCUAUUAAAACAUUCGCCAAUAAUUAAAGUUAUUUGUUUGUACUGAAUAUUAUGGUUAAUAGACCUAAGGUACAGUUACCGAAUGGAGAUAAGUUCGAAUUGAUAUCAACACAUUAAUCACUAAUUUCAUAUUUCUACACCAUUUAGAAACGUUUUUGAUUAGGUUAGAAUGGAAGAAAGUAAUGCAUCCAAAGAUAAGCAAGAACAAUCCGGAGAUGACUCCGGUUACUCAUGUACGUCAAACUUAUCAAAGAGCAGUAAUAGUUGUAAAUCGCGUCAUAGUCAAAGUGCGUCAAGUAGAGACAGUUGUUUUGAAGAUAGAAAUUCUCCAACUUUAAAAUCAAAUGAAGAUGGUAAAAGUUCAACAUCAAACUCUAAGUCUCCGGACGAACCGGAACCAGCAGUCUUAAAAGAUUCGUCCGAUGAUUCACAAACGACGGCCAAUCAAGAAGAAACAAACAAUGUUGAUUUGGAACCUGAGCAAAUGACAUUAAACAAUUAUGAACAACAGAUAGGAGAAUUAUUUGAAAUAGAUAAAUUAAAACAACAAUCUACCGACCAAAUAUUAGAAUCAGAUUUAAACCAUGACAAAAACGAACCUAUUGAUGACUAUGAUAGAAAUAAAGGAGCAUUGUUACAAUUAGCUUCUUUGUGUCAAUCGUUUCGUGAAUACUUAAAAACCAAAUCUAUCAACAUAUACUCAAAUGAAUCAACAUUAAAAGAACUCAAUGACCACGAAACACAACUAAAAGAAAUCAUUGAAUCCAACGAAACUGUCGAUGGUUCUUUUGGUGUAGUCAUAUCGAUGACAAAUGGCUUAAUUAUAAACACAUCUAAUAGCAUAAUAAAAAAUAUGGGGUAUCCAAAAGAUAUGUGGCAGGGUCGAUCGUUUAUUGAUUUUAUCCAUCCCAAAGACCGAAUUUCAUUUAUUAGUUACAUGACUUCUGUGUUGACGAAUCCAUCUAUGGUUUCUGGAAGAGAUGGUAAGUCAACAGUGACUUUUCUAAGAGCAAAAAACAAUGAUGGAUUUUAUUGUAAUAUGCGUAAGUACGAAGAUCUUAAUGCUGGAUUUUCUGUCACGCAUAAAAAAGUACACUAUCAAGUGUGUAAGCUCACUAUUGCAUUUAAAGAAACAUUUUGUACCAACACACCUACAUGCCUGGUUGAAAUUAUUGCUAUUCACCAACCUCAGCUUCUAUUAAUCGUCAAAGCACAGUUAAUUCAUUCCGCUUACUCCUGUCCAGAGGAAAAAAAAGAAAAUCCACAAAAUUUUAUUACCAAACAUAAUGCGCUAUUAGAGUGGUGUUAUGUUGAUCAUUUGAUUAUCUCUCAUUUUGGAUAUUUACCACAAAACAUAAUUGGUAGAUGUGUUUUUGAUUAUUAUAAUAUGGAAGAUUUGUCUGUGAUAAAAGAAAUUUACGAAAAUAUGACAAAAGCCAGAAAUGUACCAUACAAAGGUAAACCAUACAGAUUCAAGUGCCAAAAUGGUGAUUUUGCACUAGUUCAAACAGAAUGGUCAAAUUUCAUUAACCCUUGGUCGGGAAGAGUAGAAUUUAUUAUUGGCCGUCACAAAGUGAUACAGGGUCCUUUAAAUCCAGACGUUACUACUCCUAUUGAUGAUAUUUCUUUUGAAAAAUCACCAGAAGACAAAAAAAACUCUAAAGAAGUGUGUGAUGAGGUGAAAAAAAUACUCAACAAGAAAGUGAUUGGAGCACCAAGUAUUUUACAAAAACUUAAGUCACCUAUUGAAACUUCCACAAAUCUUAAGAAGCAAAUAUCGAACAAAUGUAAAGAUUUAGCUAUGUUUAUGAACUUCUUAGUAGAUGGUAUAGAUCCAUCUAUUCAAAUACCAUUAGAAGUAGAAAUACAACCUGAACAUUAUGACAGUUUCUCUGAUCGUGAUUCAGUGAUGCUGGGAGAAAUAUCUCCACAUCAUAACCACGAAAGUAAAUCUAGUUCCGGCACACCGCCAAGUUACACACAACUUAACUAUAACGACAACAUACAAAGAUUUUUUGAAAGCAAUUUUAAGAGGGUUCCUUCAGACAAUACAAGCGUAGAGAGUUAUUCGAAAUCUGGAAGUUUGGAAGAUACCUCUCAUUUAGAAAAGUUCGUAACUUCUAAUAAAGUGAAGGCGGACCAGUUGUUAUUAAUGAAGAAUCCAUCUUCCUCAAUCGCUAAUGCUGUUAGCAAUCAAGAAUCUUCAAAACUUUACUCAGAACAGAAAUCGAAACGUAUCAAACAACCACCACCACUUACUCAAGCUAUGCUUCUUCGACACAAUAAAAAAAUGGAAAAUGAUUUGGUGAAACAACAUAAAACUAAUGCAAAACGAUUCAAAUUUUUUGAAAAAUUAAAAAAGAAUGUCCAAGAAGAAUUAAAUGACACAUCCGACACUACUCAUGGAAUAAAACGUAGUAAUUCCAGCAUGCAUGAUAAUAAGAUAGCCAAAAGGAAACACGCGAUGGUUAACAAUCCAACUACUGUAAAUACACAGACGCAAGAUAGUGAAACAUCACCAAUGACUCCUACUGUGGCCAGAUCUACACAAAUUUGGCCUCCUUGUUUAAUAAGUCGAGAUUCUCAGACAAUGGUUGACUUACCAAAACCUAAUCCUAAUCAUGUAUUAUACUAUAAACUUCCUUUAAGCAACAAUGUAAUGCGAGGGAAUCCUAAUGAAUAUGAAAAUAAUACUUUUAAUGCUUUAGCUGCACCCAACGGUAAAACUCAAGAUAAUGCGGCUGAGCAAUUACAACCUUUGACACUUCCUCUUUUUAUGACUAUUCCAGUGUUAAACCAAAUGACUCCCAAAGCUCAACUAUUUCAACCAUAUUUAUUACUACAAAAUCAGUCUUAUGCACAACAAACAUACAAAAAAAAUGCUCAAUUUCAAACAAAAUCGAAUUCUGAAAGAGAACAACCAAACACAAUGCCUAAAGAUCUAGAUCAAACUCAAAAGAAAACAAAAACGUCGCAGGCACAACAAGAAGAAAUAGUGACUAGUUCCGAUUCAGAAUGUAGACGAGAGAUAGGAAGUUUAAAAUCUAGUAAUGGAUGGAUAUUUGAAGAUAGUAGCUUGUAUUCAUCUAGCAUAAGAAACAAGACAGACAGCUUUGAGAGCUAUGUCAGUAGCGGGAAAGAUGAUUUAUCGUGGCCACUAGAAUUUGGUUUAUCUGGUAUCCGUCACCAAUUUAUUAAAAAACAGCCGUUUUGGAUGGAAGGUAUAAUGGCUACACCAGAUCUAAUAUUCCGUUAUCAGAUGCAACCUGUAGACAUGAACGAAGUUCUUCGACAAGACAUGAACGCGUUAAAAGAACUUACUCAACCUUUGUUAGUAAGUGAACAACUGCGACAAUUGUAUAUGGAGCUGAAUAUCAACACUAUAUCAAGACCAUUGUCUAACGAUGAUGAAUCAUCCUCUAAUAGUGGAGAAGAAUGUUUAAUUUCCAUUGGCGAAAACCAUGAAAAAUACAAUUUUGACAGGAUGGCUAUGAUUUACGAAGAAAAUGCCCCAUUACCACCGCCAACAAACCCCAUUGAAAUUUUCGAUAGAGUACAAUAAUAAUGCUUGCAUCGGGCGUCAAAAUGCCCAAGGCCGGUACUAUUCAGUACAUAAAAUUAUAAACAUCGAAAAAAUCGUUGAAACGUAUUAUAAAGUUAUUUAACUUUUUAACCCAGUUAUAUACUUAAUUAAUUAAAUGUUAUUGCUUAAUUAAAUGUUUGAGAAUGAGUUUUAAUUGUCAACUAUAUAAUAAAUCAAGUAUAAAAUAUAUUUUUUUUUUCUAUAAGAAUUUUCAUUUUUUUAUGUAAUUUGUUACGUUAUACGGUGUUUAAAUUAUAAUUAUUUGUUUUUAAUUGUUUUUUUUUUUACUUUCUUUUUACCUUAUAAAUAUUUUGUGUGUCGUCCAGUUACAAAAGCACGUAUGUCCAAACAUUUAUUUUUUCAAUUUUCUUUUUUCCUAUCCAGUUGUAAGCUCUUUUUAGUCAAGUUAAAGCAAACUUACAAAAAAAAAAAAAAUUCUGCACAGAGUAACUCAGAGCAUAAGAGC